AGCACGCUCAACGUUUUCCUGCUCGCAAUAACGCGGAACGAGUAUGCGCUCCGCAGGGCACAGGAAGAGAUCGACGCAGUUGUAGGACGCGACCGGCUCCCCGAUUUCGCUGAUCGUGACUCGCUGCCGUAUACAAACGCGCUUCUAGAGGAGGUCUACCGCUGGAACCCUGUAUUACCCAUGGGU